AUGAAACAUGGUGAUGAGCAUACCAAAAUCUUUCAUCAGAGUCUCAAGCAGAGAAGAACCUCAAAUUGCAUCAAUGUGCUUCAUGUCGAUGGUUCUGUAGUUAGUGAUAUGACUCAAAUUCAUCAAGCUUCCAAUGCUUUUUAUUCUGAUCUUUUGUGUUGUGCUAUGCCUAAUAGAAGGAAAAUCAAUAUGAAUAUGAUUCAUGUAGAUCCUGUUCUAAAUGAUUCUUUGAGAUCUCAAUUGAACUUAUUCUUUUUUCUGAUGAGAUCAAAAGUACAUUAUGGAGCAUUACCGAUAGCAAAACUCCUGGGCUUGAUGGUUAUAAUAGUAAGUUCUACAAGGCUGCUUGGCCUGUCGUGGGGAAUGAUGUUAUUCGAGCAAUCCAACAGUUCUUGUGUCCGACCUAUUGCUUGUGUUCAUACUUUGUAUAAAUGUAUUUUCAAGCUCAUUUGCUCUAAACUUGCGAUUGUAUUGCCUCACUUAAUUAGCCCAAAUCAAGGGGCUUUUGUAGCUGGUAGAAGUGACCUCAUCACCAUUCAAGUUAUCUACAAGGGUUUAGAUGUCUUUGCUCAGUCAUCUGGUCUUUGUGCUAAUGCUUCCAAAUCUGCUAUAUACUUAGUUGGUGUACCUGAGCAAUAG